CCCUCAGCACCGCCCGCCCCGCCCCGCGCCUGCGCCGCCCGCGGCGGGGCCCCAUCGCGGGAUGUGGCGGCGUUUGGCCGGGCUGCUGCUCGCCUUCGCGGCCGCCACGGUCGCCCUGUGGCUCCUGUCGGCCCGGCUGAGCGCGGGUCAGGCGGGCAGGCCGCUGCGGUUCCCGUCAGACCUAGAGGAGCUGCGGGAGCUGGCCGAGGCCCUGCGGGACUACGAGAGGCAGCACCGGGGAGCGGCGCUGGCCCUUUUCUGCGCCGCCUACCUCUACAAGCAGAGCUUCGCCAUCCCCGGCUCCAGCCUGCUGAACGUUCUGGCCGGGGCGCUCUUCGGACCCUGGACCGGGCUGGUGCUGUGCUCCGCCCUGACAUCGGUGGGAGCCACCUUCUGCUACCUCCUCUCCGGCGCCUUCGGGAAGCAGUUCGUCGUCUACUACUUUCCUGAUAAAGUGGCUCUGCUGCAAAGAAAGGUAGAAGAGAACAGGAGCUCCUUAUUUUUCUUCUUGUUGUUCCUGAGGCUGUUCCCCAUGACACCAAACUGGUUUCUGAAUCUCUCAGCUCCCAUUUUAAACAUCCCUGUGUCCCAGUUCUUCUUCUCCGUUCUCAUCGGUCUUACACCGUAUAAUUUCAUCUGCGUGCAGACAGGAGCCAUUCUGUCACAGAUCACCUCUUUGGAUGCCAUUUUCUCCUGGGACACGCUGCUCAAACUGCUUGCAAUGGCUGUGGCAGCAUUGAUACCAGGGACCCUCAUCAAGAAAUACAGCACGAAGCACUUGAAGCUGGAUGAAGACAAGCAUGCUCAGUUGCUCAAUGGCAAAAAGAGCUUGUGAUGGCUCAGGUGCCCCAGAUGUUGGGGGACUGCCUCGCAAAUGCUGCAGGUCUCUUCCUGUGGGUUAUAUUCUGCAUGCUCUGUGCCACCGUGGACCAAGGACAAUUGCGGUUUUUAAUCGUUCUUCUCAUCUAAGAGGAGGUGUAAGGUUUUUAUUUUUAAUGAAUGUUUAACUGUGCGUGUAUCUGCACGAAGAGCGCUAUACGGGGGCUUUGUGAACACUUGAA